AUGUCUUUGAUUUCGACGUUUUCAUUCUACUUUGCAUUCGAUAUUCUCCGUCAGAGGGUUUCUUCUCCACAUUCACAUUUGCGUUUUCCACCUUUGCGUUUCCCACCUUUGCGUUUCCCACCUUUGCAUGCGAGCCUUCCAAUUUCUGUCGUGUACACUGCCGCCAUUCAAGAACGUUCACCUCCUUGCGAUGUGUUAGGUGACACGCCGAGCCAUCUCCGAUAUGCCCCCUUCUGGCAAAAACCACGUAGUUUUCGCGGUAGUCGACAUCAUAGCCGUGCCGGAUCCUUGGGCCAACGUUUAGUCACUGCCUUGACCUCGGAAAGACAUGGACCCAAAGAUCACAUGCGGGAGUCUAAAAGCAUGUUGGCCACGGACGACAGAGUUUGGUAUGAUCAAUUUACAUCAACAGAUUGGGUUCAUGACAGUAUUGCAGAUGCAUACCGGGUGAAGGGUCUUCGAAGUAGAAAAGAUAUUCGAGGUCGGAUCAAGGCGUUCUUCGAUGGCACGCAAGGUUGGAUACUAAGCGCACUAGUUGGAUUCAUUACAGCCACCAUAGCAUAUACCGUCGACGUUUCUGAGACUCCAAUUUUUGAUUGGAAAGAUGGCUAUUGUCAUGACGGAUUUUUUAUAAGUGAAAAGAGAUGCUGCCCUGAUGGAAGCCACUGUGAUGCUUGGAAAUCUUGGUCCAAUUAUGUUGAAAUACCAUUUUUCAGUGAAGAGAUCACGGAAUUUUUUAUUUACGUUCUCCUUGUAGUGGCUUUCGCAACGGUAGCUUGUCUUUUGACCUUGACCACUAAAACGGUUGUGCCAUCAACAUAUCAACUGUCUACGUUGGAUGAGAAUCUCGGUGCUCUUAGUCGACAUGAUUCCCAGGCACCGGUCGAUGGUAAUGCCAGUCCGAAGAACACGUUGGGAUCUGAGACGAAUGCUCCCAUGAUCUAUUACUCUGCUGCUGGGAGUGGAGUGGCCGAAGUUCGAGUAAUACUAAGCGGUUUUGUUUUGCAUGGAUUUCUUGGCUUCAGGACCCUUCUCGUUAAAACGCUUGCUCUGAUAUUAAGUGUAGCAUCUGGACUGAGUUUAGGAAAGGAGGGCCCUUUUGUACACAUUGCAACUUGUGUGGGUAAUAUUGCAUGUCGUCUGUUCUCUAAAUACGAUGAUAACGACGGAAAACGCCGAGAAGUCUUGUCUGCGGCCGCGGCUGCGGGUGUUGCAGUAGCUUUUGGUGCUCCUAUCGGCGGUGUCCUUUUUUCUUUGGAAGAAGUGGCGUACUUUUUUCCCGCUAAAACACUAUUUCGAACCUUCUUCUGCUGCAUCACCGCUGCACUGACGUUGAAAUUUCUCAAUCCUUAUGGCACCAAUAAGAUUGUCAUGUUUGAAGUUCGCUACUUGACAGACUGGGAAUUCUUCGAACUUGGCGCUUUCAUCAUGGUGGGCGUACUUGGCGGCAUAACCGGUGCAACAUUCAUCAAGGCAUCUAGGUCCUGGGCCCAGUCUUUCAGGAAGAUUGAAAUUGUAAAAAAGUGGCCGCUGUUCGAGGUCAUGCUGGUUGCUCUACUUACAGGUCUCGUCGGUUAUUGGAACCCAUAUACCAAAAUUCCCGUGGCUAAAUUAUUGCUCAACCUAGCUAGCCCUUGCGAUACUGAUAAGUCGGAUAGCAUGGGUCUUUGCCCAAAUAGCAUUGAUGAGAUUUUCCCCAUCAUUGGUCAAUUGACUAUUGCAUUUUUCAUAAAAGGGCUUUUGACCAUAAUUACAUUUGGCAUUAAAGUACCUGCAGGUAUAUAUGUCCCGUCUAUGGUUGUAGGCGGCCUACUUGGCCGAACUGUCGGCCACUUGGUACAGUGGCUCGUAUUACGAUUUCCUGAUGCUUCCAUAUUUGGUAGUUGCGCUGUGCACGAGAGUGGAACAUCAUGUAUUACUCCAGGGGUUUAUGCCCUCAUUGCUGCUGGUUCCACAAUGUGUGGUGUCACGAGGUUGUCUGUGACCUUAGCAGUCAUUCUCUUUGAACUGACGGGUAGUCUUGACUAUGUUUUACCUUUUUCACUCGCUGUAUUGGUCUCAAAAUGGACAGCGGAUUUCAUGGAACCUCUCAGCAUAUAUGAUUUAUUGACGAAUUUGAACGCCUACCCAUUCCUCAACAACAAGCAUAAACCAGUUUUUACCUCUGAUCUUGCAGACAUUGUCCCACGAGUUCGGAGAGAAAGAGUAAUUGACAUCUCCGUCUCUCCCAUGAUUCCUGCUAGCAGUCUGCGUCAGAAGCUUGAACUUCUGCACCAGGCGGGCGAAGUUGAUGGUGGAUUGCCAAUCAUCAGGGAUGAUGUUCUUGUUGGUCUGAUACCAGCGCCUGAUUUAGAGUUUGCUCUUGACAAUCUUGAUAAUGAGCUAGGUACUCUGUGCCUCAUGGCGUCCAUUAACAACUAUGAUGAGUCGGAUGGAGAAGAGCAUGUUGAUCCUACUGACUUUACGCCUUACAUUGAUCCUGCACCGGUAGCUUUGGAUAUUCGUUCCCCGAUGGAUUUAGUAUACGAAUGUUUCGUCAAACUUGGCUUGAGACUCACAAGAAAACUUUUGUAA